UUAUUAUUAUUAUAAUUAUUAUUAUUAUAUUUCAAGCGUGUUUGAUUGGCCACCAUAAUGUAUUAAGUUUGUGAACUGCUCGACAUCGUCGAUGCUGUAAAGAAUCGACUCCCCAUUCUGAACGCCUGAGCGAUUCUUUCUUGCGAAUCGACUCAAUAUUGGUCAGAGCAGUCCGUGUUAGUGAAGUAAAGCAGACUGGAUUCAGUGGUUGAUUCUGUCCUUUGAACGCAUGCGUGCUGGGUUUAAAACCCACACUGGAGUAAAAUCCGCGCUGAAAUCAUGAAUCGGAGACGUUUGUGUGUGUGGAGCAGGAGCUCAAAGGAGCAGCAACACACAGGACAGCAGCUUCCAGCAGGACUCCAAGGAGCCGAGAGCAGUGCGCUGCAGCUCAAAAUCAGCAGCUCUAUCUGCAAAUCUGUACAAUCGAAGGUGGACAGCAUUUUGCAAGAUGUGGAGAGGUUUACAGACAUUGAGAAGCUUUACCUCUACCUCAAACUGCCCUCAGGCCCCAGCAGCAGCAGCAGCAGCAUCAUCAGCAGCAGCAGCAUCAGCAGCAGCAGCGACAAAAUCGGCGAGCAGAGCUGCGUGUCCUCGAGCCGUAUGCAGCAGAUGCACGCGUUCAGCUGGAUACGGAAUCACCUGGAGGAGCACGCAGACACCUCGCUCCCCAAACAGGAAGUCUUCGAUGAGUACAAGGGCUACUGUGACAAUCUGGGCUAUCAUGCGCUCAGCGCCGCCGACUUCGGAAAGAUCAUGAAGAACGUAUUUCCCAACAUGAAGGCGCGCCGGCUCGGCAUGAGGGGCAAAUCCAAAUAUUGCUAUAGUGGCCUGAGAAAGAAGCCGUUCAUUCACAUGCCGUCUCUUCCGAACCUGGACGUACACAAAACAGGAGACGGGUGUGAGGGCUUUGAACCUACUGGGCAGAGCUACAGUGGGGAGGAUGAGAUUCGCUCUGCUGCCAGUGAUCUGGUGUGUGAAUGGGCUCAGAAAGUUCUGAGUCGUCAGUUUGUUAGUUUGGAGGACCUCGCACGCUUCCUACUGAACAGCCACUACAUCAGCACCAAGUCUGUUGCUGCUCUUACCGUGAUGACCGGAUCCCCUUCAGGGGCCCAAGUGUCUGUUCAGACAUCUGCAUUCAUGCCCACAACCGAAGCCCACUCAUUCCAGCCUCAGGUCAAAACUCUGAAUUCCCCUUCCAUCGACGCCAAGCAGCAGCUCCAAAGGAAGAUCCAGAAGAAGCAACUGGAACAGAAACUUCACUCGCCGCUUUCUCCUGAAGCUCAAAGCAGAAGGCCAGAAGGUGUCAGUACUCCUUGUGCAAGCACAGGAAUCCCAUGUGGAAGCCCUGCCCUACUUUCACCGCUGCCCACCAUCGGUAUUGUGGUAGCUGCAGUUCCUAGCCCAGUUACGGUUCAGAGAAACAGACAGUUGAUGUCUCCCAGCCCAGUUCCUGUGGCAACAGCGGAAAGCAAGGUGCUCCCUGUUAAUUUUCAGGUUGUCACCCAGUCGGUUCCGCAUGUGAACCGAUGUCCAAAGACCCCUCAGAAUGUCCGUGCGAGUCCUGUCGGUGAUCGCCUCGCAAGCUAUCGUUAUACCCAAAUCCUGCCUAAACCGGCUACAACUAGCACAAUCACGCUACGUUCACCUCCUGCGCUCCUCAUCACCAAAAGUUCCAUCAAGACCGUCAUACCGUCUAAGGACAGCUCCGUCAACAUUGUGAAAAUGACAGCCAUAUCGCUAGGACCCAGCAACAGCACCACCAGCACUGCUGUCACUACAGCUAGACCCGCCUCUGGUGGAAUCACCAGCCAAAGUGAUGACCUCCAGCCUGUUACGCGUGUCCGUAGUGGCUCCGUUGCCGCAAUGGCAUCGACGCUAUCAAAGCCAGGGCAAACCGCCACAACACCAGCAGUCAACAUCAAGCUGGAUGUUUUUGAUGUAGCAGGAAAAGCUCAGGGUGGAGCAGCUGGUGUGGGUAUGCAAGCGGAAGGAUCGCUCAAACCCAGAGCUGCGAGUGUGCCUACACCUCUAGCUAAAAUCUCUGCGGAAAUAAACAGGCAAUCAGGGAACGAAUUAAACGGUAGAAUGAUCCCUAAUGAGAACAAUUUGGCUGCUGCCAGCAAUAAUAAUCCCAGUGAAAGCACUCUGUAUCAAGAUAUAUCAAAUCACAGUACCGGUUGUGCUCAGAUUACAAAUAGCAGCGCAUUUAUGACACCACACAAGGAUGCAGAGUUGUCAUCACCAAGCCCGCGCAAAAGACAAGGCUUACACCCGGACUCGAGUCUGACGCCGGUCAAAAAAAUGUACAUAUCCGAGGUAAGCGAAGACGCAAAACUGGAUAUGGAAAUCCAAGCAGCGAAGAAUGUUUCCAGGUCAGACACUCCUGUUGAACCGGAAAGCGUACUUUCUUCAGCUGCUGGAAAGGCUAUGAUGAAGCAUACCUCCAGUAGUCCUACCAGAAUCCUUGCAUUCACUGAUAGUCCAGUUGUAAAAACCUGCUUCCAGACUGUCAGCAGUUCCCAAAGUAUCUCGCAAGGACAAUGGGAAGGGUCUUCAUCUAACGUAAAAAAUAUCUCUGCUGGUACUACAGCCGUAAGUGCUCCUUGCCAGGAUUGUCAGGUAAGGAAUACGAGCUUUCAGACACUUAAUAGACCACGAAGUGUUUCCCAAGCACAGUGGGAAGGCUCUUCAUCCAAUAUAAACAUCAAGCAUAUAGUCACUCGCACUGUUAGCGCACCAGGUCAGGCGAUGGUACAGCAGCAUGCAAACAAAAAUAUUCAAGCCUUGCAAGUAGGUUCGGAGCAGUCCGGCUCCUCUGCAGUAUGUGAACUAAAUAGUGUGUUCUGGAAUAACGAGCAGCAAUGUCGCAAUCAGCAGCAAAUUUAUUCUCAGCACGGGGCAGUAAAAAAUAAGCCAAUCUCUAGCUCCGUUAUGGAGCCUACUGUGAUGACUCAAACCACUGCCACAGGCCAGCUGGUGCAGAUGACUGGUGAUGUAGUGGAACAUGUUGCACCUCAGACUCAUGUGGGCUACUUCCCGUUUAACGAUGACGACAUGACUCAGGACAGUAUAGUAGAGGAACUAGUUCAGAUGGAGGAGCAGAUGAAGAUGAACACUUCCAUGCAAAGCUUUGAUGGCUGUGAGGACAUGGCACUGCAAACUCAACAGGCAACCUUGCAGAACAACAUGAUUUCCAGUCACCAGGCCAGCACUUCUUGUUACAACUUGGCCAACACUAGCAUCACACCUAUUCACACCCCGACCCAAAGUGCAGAGAUGAUGGGAAUGGGGCAAGGAUUGACCCAUGAGAGCCCCUGCUCACAUUUUGCCCCUACCACCCCUGUAGACAGUGCUCUGGGAAGCAGCUGUCAAACCCCAAUUGGAACACCACACUCGAACUGCAGUAGUGGCGUUCCGCCCAGUCCUGUUGAGUGUAGGAACCCGUUUGCCUUUACUCCUAUCAACUCCAGCAUCACAAGUUACCAUGAUGGCAGCACUAUCUCCUCCAGUCCAGUCAAGCCUAUGCAAAGACCGAUGGCCACCCACCCGGAUAAAGCUAAGCUGGACUGGAUGAAUAAUAACUACAAUAACAGUAGUAGUAAUUCCAACAGUGGGAUUAGUAUUCUCCCCAACUAUCAGAAUCUGGUGGAUAACCAGUUCAGGAAACCUCAUGCUUUUGCCAUUCCUAGUCAGACGUAUCCUUCACCAGUCAGGCACCAUGACAUGCACAUAAGUCGCUUGACACCAAUUUCACCAGUCCAGCAGCAAGUGGCUGGCAUGGCAAACCUUAAUAAACAGGAGGGAUUUGCUGUUCCAGCCCCUCUUGAUAACAAAACCAGCACCUCCUCCUCCUCCGGCUCAUUCCGCUGUCGCAGUGUCAGUCCAGCAGUCAGGCAGCGCAACACGAGUGGAACCCCAAACCCUAACGUCCGCCGUUACGUGGUCUCUCCUUUUAAUUCACCAGUGACACCCGAAGUGCUGAAUAUCUUUUCGAACAGCCAAGUAAAUACUAGUGUUAGCAGCAUGGUGCAGAGGAGUCAGUCAGUGCCGCUAAAUGUGAUGAUGCAGACAGAGGUGUUGCCCAUGCAAGCUAGCGGGCAAACGAGCAACCCUAAAAACAUUACUACCGUUCUGCUUAACAAAAUGGAUUGUGAUGGAGAUAAUAUGGUACGUGGACUCGGAAAGAACAAUAUGCCAUCCAGUUACACUGCUCGAAUGAACCUCUCACAAAUCCUGGAAACGACCGGUGCUUCUGGUUUCCCAGCCAGUGCCAAUCACCAGGCCAUGAUUUCGCCUGGCACCUCGGCUUACAGGUUUACAAAGCCUGCUUAUCUCAUGAAGAACAACGUAGGGGAGCAAAUCUUUUCAGCAAGAGAGAACCAAGGGCAGUUAUUCCCAGAAGAGAGCAAGCAACUAUCUGAAGAGCGGCAAAAUCAGGCCUUAAUGGUUUCACCGCACCAUGACCUCCAGAAACAUCAGCACCAGCAGUCUUUCCUUUUCAAUACCACCGAUAAGGACCUGUUAGAUGAAAACAGCUUGAACACUAUCUCACAGCUUCCAGGCCAGGCAACUGAACUUGACAACAGUGGUUCAGAGUUUUCUGGUGAUAUGCAACUGACCUCUGAACUCUCCAGUAGCAUGAAUGAUUUAAACUCUUUAGAUGCAAACCUACUGUUCGAUCCGUCAUCGAGUCAGCAGCAAGUGCAGUAUGAAGAACCGACACUGGAGGAAUUAAAGAAUGACCCAAUAUUCCAACAGAUUUGCAACGAGACUGUGAAUUCUGCUGGCUUCGACUGGUUGGAGAGCAAGGACCAGGCAACCGUGGAAAUGUUGGGUUAAUUCGUAGCUUGCAUUGUUUAGAUCGGGGGUCGGCAACCUUAAACACUCAAAGAGCCGUUCGGACCCGUUUCCCACAGCCGUUACCCGUUACCCGUUUUGACAUCUAAAUGAAGAUGAUACUGCAUAUAUAUCAUUUUUUACCUUUAUGGAAAGUAUAAAAAAAUUUAAUUCUAAGAUUAUGAUGCAACAUUAAAAUAAACCGUGUUUAAUUUUUUCAUUUUUAACUGUAGUGUGUUGUGUUUAUGA